AGCAGUUUUUAGUUUCGAGUUUUGUGCUGUCGUUGGCAGUUCGGCCGCAAAUUGAAGUUUAGUUCCUUUCUGGUUGCUGUCAAAUGUCGUCAUGUUUUCUUGAACGUACGCGCGACGCGGCAAUAAAAAACAAAACAUAAGAUUCAAGCAGUAAUUUGCAUUCAACAACCAGUAAUUAUAUAGUGGAUGACGCGAAAAGUAAAAGCACGCAAACAUUUAAAGAAAUAAUGGAUACAAAUCAAUAACAAAAAUAAAAUUAAUUUAUGUAAAAAUAUUUUUUAUAAUUAAAUUAUUAAACAGAACAAUUAAAAUUUUCUGUCAACGCCAACACAUUGGAUUAACGGCGUUCGACUGAUAAAACAAAAAUUAAUACAACAACAAUAACAAGUGUUGAUAAAAAUCUAUUGAAAGAAGUUGACAAAACCAAUUCCAUUCUUUAUAAAUUAAUUAAUUUCAAAGUGGUUAUGUAGCGUGUGACAGCUGUAGAAAAGAAUUUUGGAAUAUUAAGUGAACAAAACUGUAGCAACAUUAAGUGAAGCGAGUGAUAAGCGAAAAAUUUACAAGAAAUUGGAAACUUGCAAAAAAUAAAUAACAUAAAUUUCUGUGCAGUAAAAAGUGACAGACCAAAAUAAAACCAAACAUUAACAAAACUAAUUUGUGAAAGUUUGGUUUUCACAAAAAAAAACAACAAAAAAAAAUUGGAUUAACUGCAUUAACGGUUCGUGUCGAGUGGAUUGUACAUAAGCAAGCAAACACGGCUGGCGGACUGUUUGUCUAUCAAGUGACAGCGGUGAAAUUUGUUUGGCGAAAGGCAACAAAUGUUACGAGAGAAAACCAAAAAAAAUUUGGAGCAGUGCAAUAAAAGUGCUCGUCUUGCAAAAUAUACAUAGUAACAACAGUAUAGUAACAGUAAAAUGCAGAAACCAGUGCCGGACGCAAUUUUUUGCUAAAAAAAGGGAAAAAAUAUUUCACUAAAGAUUACGAAAAAGUUACAAAACUAAAUGUAUUGAUUUUUUUCGCAGAACGUAGUAAAAAUAUAAAAAAAAUACAAAAGCACGUGUGGCAAAAAGUGCGCAACAAAAACAAAUUGUAAACUAAAAAUAAUAAAUAACGCACACAGCUGAUAAGAGGAAUUAAAUUCUAUGAUAACUGCUUUUCAAAGCAAAAAUAAGUGUUAGCUGGAAUUGAAAAUGUUAUUAAAGCAUUAAAUUGAUUUAAACUAACAAAAACAAAGUGUCGUUCCAGAAAAAAUUAAAAUAAUUAAAUUGUGGCAAAAUCAAAAAUUAUGCAAAACUGCGAUUAAAAACAAACAAUUUCAAUUAAAUUGUGGCAAAUUCUAAUGCAGAACCACAAGAAAUUGUUACGACGCAAGCAUACAAAAUUACGAUUGUAAAAUUUAAGCAAAACUAAUUAAAAAAAAUUAGAAAAAUUGUGAAAAAAUAAAAUUUGAUUAACUAAAUUUUAAAAGCAAGCUGCAACUUGAAAAAUAAAUUUUUAAAAACUGUGGCUCCCAUAAUGUUUUCAACGCCAAAUGAGAAGAAAUAAAAUUACGCUAAACUUUCUUAAACCUUUGUGACUUUGUGCAGCAGCAAAAACAAGAACUGUGUCGGGCCCUGCAUGUGGAGCGUUUAUGCGGUAAAUGCAGUUGCUAGACGCAAGAAUUCCUCAUUAAAAGCAAGCGCUCACGCACACACGCACCGCCACAACGUCGAGCGACCACACACAUUCGCACCCAUACUAUCAACAAAAGAACACGUGCAAGCCGACUUGAGCCAGCAGAGCAGCAACAACAGCGGCCGAUAAGCGAUAAAAUGUAAACAGCAGCAACCACAAGACAACAACAAAAAUAUAAUCGCACAUCUAUUACGCCAAAUAGUGCAGGAUAGUGACGCGCAUGGAAAGCAUGAAAAAAUAUUUAAUUCAAAAAGUAAAUGAAAUCUUACUAAAUUGCUUAAGCAAAAAGUUCCUCAAUACAAAAGUAAUUUAAAAGAAUUUUUCUUCACUUAAACAGUAUUAUUGAAAAAAAAACCUAAAUAAUUAAAUUAAUAGCAACAACAAAUAUUCCUAACUAAUUAACUGAAUUGUCAAUGCAUAGUGAAGAAAGGCAAGCAGAAAGUUUGACGACAAAAAUAAUUGAAAACAUUUUGUACUGAAAGUCUUUGGUGAACAUACAUGCGAACAUGCAUACAAUUUAAUUUUACUUAAUAAGUUAAACUCAAAAGAAAAAGAAAACAAAAAAAAACAAACAACAGGAAACGAAGUGGAGUGCAAGCGGCCGCGAGAAGGUCAGUGUUAAUGUGUGGUUUUUCGAGCGAUGCAACUGAUUGUUGACAAAAUUCCCAUGUUUUCGAAACAAACAACGAAACGUAAUUCCAAAAAAAAAAAUGAUGAAAUGAACGCCGGCGCCGGCUCCUCGAGGGCGCCAGCCUCCGGGAGCCAAAUAUCACCACAACUACCCGACGUACAAACGCAGCAACAGCAGCAGCAAGUACAACAGCAGCAGCAGCAGCAGCAACACAUUCAACAGCAGCAACAAUCCGCUCAGCAGAACAACACAUACGGCAACUAUCCCACCGUAUAUAAUACGCCCACACAGAAUGGCAUCGCACCCAUCGGCACAUAUUCCAUGGGCGAGCUAGACACUUUGCGCACACUAAAGAAUACAUUCGGCCCAAAUUCCGAAUUCACAACAACCGGCUACGGCAACUAUAGUAAUAUGGUCACGGCUAACGGUGGUGGUCUGCAGCAGCAACAACAGAUGGAUAAUAUGAGUGGAAUGGGCAGUGGAUAUGGGCAGAUGAGUGCCAAUCAAAUGCAUGGUGGCAACGUGCAGAAUCUUUACUUGAAUGGCAACAUCGGCGCUACUGGUAGUGGCAGCCCAAGUGCCACCAAUAUGAAUAGCACGGGUGGCAUUGGUGGUGCCUCUCAAGUGGCCAGUAAUCCAAAUGUUGGCAUGAAUGCCGCUUCCAACAUGCAAAUGGGUCAUGUGAAUGCGUAUAAUGGCGGUGGCGGUGGUGGUGGUCCCAGCGGCAAUCCCAGUGUUGCGCCAUCUCGGCAUCAAAUGAAUCCUAUGAACCAGAUGCAGAAUAUGACUAUGGGUGGCGGCCCACAGCUUACACCCCAACAGCAACAACAGGCAAUGAACGGCCUUGGCCCUAUGGCCAAGAUGCAAGGCAUGGCGAAUGGCGGUUAUGCACGUCGUAGUGCGCCAUAUCCCACGCCACAGAUGCAUGCGGUGCAGAAACGCGGCAAUUACGCUUCCAUGGGCAAUCCGUCAUUACAGAAUGUUCCUCAGCAAAUGAGCAUGCAACAUUAUGGUCCACAGAUGCACCCGCAAGCUGGUGGCGGUGUACCGGUGCCUAUGCAAGCGGGCGCCUAUGGCCGUGGCGGCCCAAUGGUUGGCUAUGCCAGAGCUAAUGCCAUGGCUCCGGUCGGCAUGGGUCCGGGCGGCGGUAUGGGACCCAGCGGUAUGGGUCCUGGUAGUAUGGGUCCAGGUGGCAUGGGUCCUGGUGGCAUGUGCCCAAGUAGUAUGGGUCCUGGUGGUAUGGGUCCAGGAGGUAUGGGACCUGGUGGUAUGGGCCCUGGUGGUGUGAGUGCAAUGCAACGUGGUAUGCCACAGGGUCCAGGAGCUUACAGUGCCGCAAUGGCGCAUCAACAAAAUCAAUAUUAUCCAGGCGUAAAUGGUGGUGGCGGUGGUGGUGGCAUGGGUCCGGCUGGUCCGGGUUCCUUAACGAACACCGGUGCGAUGUACCAGAAUCAAGGUUUCCAGCAAAAUUACCAACACAGCCCAGUUCCUGGUAAUCCAACGCCGCCAUUAACACCUGCCUGCAGCGUUCCAUACAUCAGUCCGAAUCCAGACAUCAAACCAAUUAUGGACAACUGUGAUGAGAUGCGACUGACAUUCCCAGUACGUGAUGGCAUCAUACUUCCACCGUUCCGCUUGCUGCACAACCUCUCCGUCAGCAAUCACGUAUUUCACUUAAAGCAGAAUGUCUACAAUACGCUCAUGUGUCGCUCCGAUCUUGAGCUGCAGUUGAAAUGCUUCCACCAAGAUGACCGGCAGAUGAACACAAAUUGGCCGCAUACAGUAACGGUAUCAGCCAAUGCCACACCUCUCACGAUCGAACGCUCCGAGAAAACGGGUCAAGCAUUGCGGCCGCUAUAUUUGAAAGCGGUUUGUCAACCCGGACGCAAUACUCUGCAACUUACCGCUAGUUCCUGCUGUUGUUCCCACUUGUUCGUGCUGCAGCUAGUCCAUCGACCCUCCGUGCGGCAUGUUUUGCAGAGUCUGCACAAACGGAACUGUUUACCCGUGGACCAUUGUGUUGCCAAAAUCAAACGCAAUUUCAUGGUGUGUGCAACAACCAGCGUUCCACUAGAAACCGGUGCUGGCAACAUGGAAGCAACCAAGUGCACCAAGAUCUCAUUGAAAUGUCCGAUCAUGAAGUCUCGAAUACGAAUGCCUGCGCGAGGGCAUGAAUGCAAGCACAUCCAGUGUUUCGAUCUGGAAGCCUAUCUGCUUAUGAAUUGCGAACGUGGCGCCUGGCGGUGUCCAGAAUGCAACAAACCUGCGCUGACUGAAAGCCUAGAAAUCGAUCAGUAUAUCUGGGUAAUUUUGGAUAAACUGAGUGGCACAGAUGUGGAUGAGGUAAUCAUCGAUUCGAGCGGUAAUUGGCGUGCGGCGCAAGGUAUGCAUCAAGGCUCACCGCUUAGCGCGAUGUCUACACAAAUGCCCAGUCCAAUGUCGGGACAAAUGGUGGGUCAAGUGCCAGGACAGAUGCCAGGUCAAAUGGUCGGCCAAACACCGAAUCAAAUGGGCGGACAGAUGCCGGGGCAAAUUGGUCCACAAAUGCCAGGCCAAAUUGGGGCACAAAUGCCAGGACAGAUGGGAGGUCAGAUGCAGGGUCAGAUAGGUCAGAUGGGAAGUCAGAUGCCAGGGCAAAUGUCAAGUCAAAUGGGUAAUCAAAUGCCAAGCCAAAUGGGUGGCCAGCUGGUAGGACAAAUGGCCGGUCAGAUGGGAGGUCCCAGUGUGCCGAGUAUUAAACAGGAAAACACCUUCGACGAUCAAUCAAAAGUGAUGUCACCAUGGGACAACUCGCAGGCGAUGAGUCCCUACAUGCAACAUGACAUGAAUGCAGGCACGCCUAAUGUACCUGGCGCUGGCCAAAUUCGCAGUCCAUUUGAUAUGUAUAGUGGUGGAGAUGUGGGCGUUACUGACCAACAUACAAGUGAUACUGGCAAUUCUCUUGACCAGCUUAACGCCAUGGAAAAGAGCUUAACAGAUCAGAUGCCACACACGCCGCACACACCAAUGCAUCCGAUGACACCCGGUGGUCCGCCAAGUGUAAGUUCGGCCCAUAAUGAACCCUCAACACCUAAUGCGAAUAUUUCGAACUCCUCACCCCAAACACCUGGCACUCCCGGACAACCCGGCGGGCCAGCAUCCAAUCGAGGUGCUGCAAGUGAAUCACAUCAGCAGCAGCACCAACAACAACAGCAUACGCAACAGUCAGUCCAGCAAUCGCAGCAAGAGCAAAUCAUAAAUUCGCUAAUAAACUCCCAGCCCAAUGGCCUGUCGAAUCUCAAUGAAACGGAUUUGAAUGCGGAAUUGAAUAUGGACAACAAUGAUGGUGCUGGGGAUUUGAAUCUUCUACCAGAUGUUGAUCCCAUGGAAAUUCUUUCAUACUUGGACCCGCAACCAGAUCUGAAUACGCCUCCAUCUAGCGGCUCAAGCAACAACAACAAUAAUGACGACAUACUUUCAGCACUAUUCGAUUGAGAUAAUCUGUUGCAAGAGUUAUUGUAAAUAUAAAAUGGAAACCACAACAAAAACAAAGCAAACCCUCAAGCGAAAGCGUUGAAUGGUUGCGAAUGCUCCAUUCUCGCAAGCAUCAAAUGCGAUACUGAUACAUACUGCUACGCAAAAUCAACAGGGUAUCCAAAAUAGAGGAAAAAAUAAAUCGGACUAAUUCGUGGCAUGUCUACUUUCGUUGAUAAUCAAAAAUGUUACAAAAGCAUUUGGCCAUAUUGUAAGCAAAAGUGUAAUGAAUAGCAGCUUUUUAUGAUUCUACAAAAUAAAAUAAUAGAGCAAAAAAAUCCAAAAUUGAAGCAUACGAAAAAUGCUGUAAUUUAUGCCAAGUCAACAUGUUUGAACAUUUUUUCGUGAAAAUCAAAGUUUAAUCAAAUAAAGUAGACAACAGUUGACAGAAAAUGCGCUUAGUCUGCGUAUGUAUUUACAAUACAAACUCCACAAUCACACGACCAUUACGCAUUCUGCUCAUCUCAUCAUAAUCAGCAUUAGCAUCAUUCAACUCAACAAACACCAGAAAAUCCAUUGUAAAGAACCAACAAAUAGUCGAAAGCUGCAGAAGCACUUGUAAAAAUAUUUAUAUAGUGUAGCAUCUACUUUUUGAGCUGUAUAUAUCAUACAUACAUAUAUACUUAGUAUUAUUAAUGUGUUAGCCAAGUUAAGAGCAGGUCAAGAUUUUACAAAGUUUCUUCGAACUUGCAUAUGUAUGUGUGUAUGUGAAAGGACUUCGGUUCGACCGUUGUAGCGGAUCUGCACAAUUUUGCCAAAUUCCCAAUGCUAUUUACAUACAUACUCACACAAACAGAAAUACAAAUAUAAAGAAUACGUGUAACUUGCACACAGAUUGUGAGAGCUUCAGUCAUAAUAGCUUUCAUUCGAGAUAAAGCUUGCACUGGCAACUGCAACAAUGAGCGCUUUGGUGUGUAGUUAAAAACAAAAGCAUGAAAUUUAAUUAAACGCUAACUCGCGCGCAUCAAUUAAUGUUAACGAUUUUCAAAAACAAUGAAAUGUGAUUUUAAACUGUCAAGGAUACACAAAAAUAUUUUUUUUUUGUUCGUUAUAUUUUUCACAUGUACAAAAUUCAGCGCUUUAUAAACAUUGGCUUGCAAACAUACAUAAAUAGUUUGAUACAGCACGAAGGUCAACGAAAACGAAGUUAUUUUUUUAAACAAAAAAAAAAGAUAUUUUGAUUGCGUUAAGUUUUUAAUUUUUUAUAUUCAUACGCGUGCAAGUAUAGUUUUUGAAUAAAUUCAAUAAAUAUUUUACAUUUUUUUAUCGUUUUACACUCCGAAAAAAUGAAAAAUUUGGCGAGUUAAAUAUUUUUUGUAAACAAAGUAUACAAACACAAAAAAUGAAAAAAAAAAUGCUGAAGAAGAAAAGUGAUGAAUGCAACCAUUUUUUAAUGUUUCUACUGUGCAAAGUAUUAAAGUAAAAUUAAAUAAAAAAGGAAAUAGAAAUAAAAAUAACUAUUAAAAGCUGAUUAAUUUACUUGUAUAAUAAAAUAAUAUUAAAAAAAACAUGCAUAUGCAAACCCCAUGCAGAAUGGCAUAUACAAUACAUUUACAUUUACAUAAAUACUUGAAUGUGUUUGUAUGUAUACAUACAUACAUAUGUAUGCAUUGUAUUUAUUAAAUGUAUGUAAGCUAAAUUACAGUAAAUUUCUAAAUAUCGUGAGCAUGUGCGUGAGAGAGAGAAAGUGGGUGACAAAAAAACAAGAAACACAAAAAGUAAAGUUUAAUUGUUGCGUAAUUUUAAUAAAUAUUUUUUAAUUAAUUCUAGCAUUAAACGUGUAUAUAUACAUAAAGGAUAUAAACAUUCAUACUUGCAAAAAUCUAUAUACAAAUGAACACAUCACUUGCAUGUAUGUGCAUGCACACAUACAUAAACAUACUUAGUUAUGCAUGCAUGUGUUCGCAUAUGUACAAUGAAGUAUCCAAGAGAAUGCGCAUAGCAUAACAAAAACACACAUGCAUUCACACAUACAUAUAUACAAUACAUGAGAACUUUAUUGCUAAAAUCUUAAAAUCCUAUACUUAAGUAUAAAUAAUAUAUACAUACAUACUUACAUAAUAGGACUAUGAAUAAGUUCGUUUCGGUUUUACAACAGAUGGCGUAACUUGAUUAUUAUUCCAUCGAUCCACAUUUCCAAACAUUCAUUGGAGAGCUACUGUCGUAAGGCACAAACGUCAGUAUAAGUUUUUUAUUUGAAGCGUAAACAACAAUAUUUUUACCACACUUGAAAAUGUCGAAUUUCGUGCCAAAUAAUGUGUUUUUGCGGGGAAUUCUUCUUCAUUAUUUUAAUAUGAAGAAAAAAGCAGCCGAAAGUCAUCGUAUCUUGGUGGAAGUUUAUGGUGAGCAUGCUCUAUCUGAGCGAACGUGCCAGAAGUGGUUUGCACGCUUUAAAAGUGGUGAUUUUGGCUUGGAAGACGAAGAACGCGAGGGUGCGCCGCCAAAGUUCAUGGAUACCGAAUUGGAGGAAUUGCUCGAUCAAGAUCCGGCUCAAACGCAAGAAGAGGUUGCAAAAACUUUGGGAGUUGAUCAAUCAACCAUUUCCAAACGUUUAAAAGCCAUGGGAAUGAUCCGAAAGGUAGGCCAUUGGGUGCCGUAUGAAUUGAAGCCAAGAGACGUUGAACGCCGUUUUAUGGCAUGCGAACAACUGCUUCAACGGCACAAAAGAAAGGGUUUUUUGCAUCGAAUUGUGACUGGCGAUGAAAAGUGGGUCCAUUACGACAAUUCAAAACGUCGGGCAACGUAUGGAUACCCUGGCCAUGCUUCAACAUCGACGUCGGCGCAGAAUAUUCAUGGCCUGAAGGUUAUGCUGUGUAUCUGGUGGGACCAGCUGGGUGUUGUGUAUUAUGAGCUACUGAAACCGAAUGAAACGAUUACGGGGGAUGUCUACCGACGACAAUUGAUGCGUUUGAGCCGAGCACUGCGAGAAAAACGGCCGCAAUACGCCGAUAGACACGACAAAGUUAUUUUGCAACAUGACAAUGCUCGGCCACAUGUUGCACAAGUGGUCAAAACAUACUUAGAAACGCUCAAAUGGGAUGUCCUACCCCACCCGCUGUAUAGUCCAGACCUUGCGCCAUCCGAUUACUAUCUCUUCCGAUCGAUGCAACAUGACCUGGCUGACCAGCACUUCCGUAAUUACGAUGAAGUCAAAAAAUGGAUCGAUUCGUGGAUUGCGGCAAAACCGACCGAAUUUUUCACAAAGGGAAUCCGUGAAUUGCCAGAAAGAUGGGAAAAAGUAGUAGUAAGCGAUGGACAAUAUUUUGAAUAUUAAAUUUGUAACCAUUUUACGUCAAUAAAGUUUCAAAUUUCGAAAAAAAACCGCACGAACUUAUUCAUAGUCCUAUUAUAAAAAUUUAUUUUAAUUUAACUUUAAAAUUUAACUAAAGUAAAGAAAAUUUAAAAACAAAAAUUAAAUAAAAAUUUUAAAAAUCAUAAAAUCCCUACAUCAACAAAAAGUAUGCAAACAAUAUGGAAUUAACAUUUUAAGGUGUUAAAAAGAAAAAAACAAAAUAUAAAUAUUUAUGACAUAAGAAAAUAUUAAACAGUAAAAUUAUAGUGACAAAGUAAAACUAAAUAUGUAAUAAAUCUUAAAUAAUAUGUUUAAAGUAUUUAAAAACCAUUUACAUACAUACAUGCCUGUAUCUGUGUGUGUAUUUGAUGAAAAAUUAAACCGAAAUAUUGUAAAUAAUUAAUAGUUUUGUGUGAAAAAAUGAUGGCAUAUAUAAAAAGAGAAUUCAAAUUGAUACAAAGUACACAAAAAUAAAAAAGUAUUAAAAACAACAACAAAAAUGUGAUUUUUCUUUUCAUUUCCACUUAUUUUUUGCCUAAACACUGACCAUUCAUGGGCAUCUGUUCGCUACCGAUAAUGAAACUGGCACAAAGUAUAGAAGACGUUGUAAGCAGUUAAGGACAAAAACAAAAAAAAAAAAAACCAUUAAAAAAUUGUUAAAUUAAUUUUCAACUCCAAUUGGCA